AUGCUAAGCAGAAUCCAAAACUAUGCAAGCAGGCUAGUUUCUAAAGCGAAUCUUUUAUCAUCAAGGGCCUUAUACUAUGGUAAAAUCGGCGCUGAGAUUUCAAAGGAGAUUUACUUAAAAGAGGGUCUCCAACCACCAACCGUUGCCCAGUUCAAAUCAGUGUAUUCAAACCUUUAUAAGCAAGGCCUUAACCUUGCCUUGAAACCUACAGAAGUUUUAUCAUGCUUGAAGAACCUUCAAAAGAACGAGCUGUUAAAGUAUGGUGCAUAUGGUGUUCAGUUGAUAGGAUUUUAUUCCAUUGGUGAAGUGAUUGGUAGGAGAAAAUUGGUAGGAUAUAAGCAUCAUUGA